AUGUGUAAAAUUCGUCUGUAUAUUCUUAGCAUCAGUUGGGCAAUAGCUACUUGGUGUCUUGUUGGAGCAAGUAUUGAUCGAUUCUUGUGCAGUAGUCCUUCGGCUAUUUAUCGUCAAUGGAGUACAAAUCGAAUAGCAAGACGUUAUGUGAUCGGAGUUUUCAUUUUCUAUGCACUUCUAUUUAUCCAAGUAUUCUAUUGUUUCGAAGCAAGUGUUCCUAAUGUUCCAGUUGCUUGUUAUGGUCGCAAUCUUCCUUGUCGACUUUUUAAUGAUUGGGUGGCCUUAAGAGUCGAUAUUGUAUUGCCUAGCCUUUUUCUAGCCAUUUUUGGUGUAUUAACUAUACGUAAUGUUCAAACACGAAUGAUUCAUCCAACUGUACAUGCAGUUAACUCAAACAAUACAAACAACAAUAGACUACUAAUGCGAAACAAAGAACGCAAUCUCACUCGAAUGUUAUUAAUUCAAGUAUUGAUUGUUCUUCCUUUGGAUUUACCAUUUGGAAUAUAUCGUCCAUAUGCUAGUUUAACAUCGGAUGUUCCUAAAACCGAAGCUACAGCUAAAUAUAUUCCAGGUGGUGAGAAAAUGAGUCCAGAAGAUGUUAGUGGUGUAAUUGCACUUUUGGCUGGUCCUGAAAGUCAAUGGAUUACUGGACAAACAUUACAAAUGAGUGGAGGUGUUCAUAUGACUUAA